GCGGCUCCAGAGAUGGCAGUGCGCGAGAGGAGGGGGCUCGGCCGCGGGAGCCCGGCGGAGUGGAGGCAGCGUCUACUUCUGCUGCUGGUGGUGGGCGGCUGCUCCGGGCGCAUCCACCGGCUGGCACUGACGGGGGAGAAGCGAGCAGACAUCCAGCUGAACAGCUUCGGUUUCUACGCCAAUGGCUCCCUGGAGGUGGAGUUGAGCCUCCUGCGACUGGGCCUCCAGGAGACAGAAGAGAAGUCCCCGCUGGUGGGGUUCAGUCUAAGCCGAGUUCAAUCUGGUAGCAUUCGAUCCUACUCAAGCCGAAAUUCCCAAGAAUGCCCUCUCCAGAAAAACAGUAGCAACUUCCUGGUCCUGUUCCUCAUCAACACCAAGGAUCUGCAAGUCCGGGUGCGAAAGUAUGGGGAGCAAAAGAAGUUACUCAUCUCUCCUGGGCUCCUUCCCAGAGAGCCCUUUGAACUGGGGCUCCCGAAGCCAGAGCCCACAGUCACCCCCAAGGCAGGCAGUGCGACCACCACAGGCGACAAGGCCAAGCCAAAACCCGAAGUGUCUCAGGGCCCCAGUGGGAAGGACAAGGAGCUGGUGUUGGGCCUGGGCCACCUCAACAACUCCUACAACUUCAGCUUCCACGUGGUGAUCGGCUCCAGGGCUGAGGAAGGCCAGUACAACCUCAAUUUCCACAACUGCUACAACUCAAUUCCUGGCCGGGAGCAUCCAUUCGACAUCACAGUGAUGAUCCGAGAGAGGAAUCCCGAGGGUUUCCUGUCGGCAGCCGAAAUUCCCCUUUUCAAGCUCUACAUGGUCAUGUCUGCCUGCUUCCUGGCUGCCGGCAUCUUCUGGGUGUCUGUCCUCUGCAGGAACACGUAUAACGUCUUCAAGAUCCACUGGCUCAUGGCGGCCCUGGCUUUCACCAAGAGCAUCUCUCUCCUUUUCCACAGCAUCAACUACUACUUCAUCAACAGCAAGGGCCACCCUAUCGAAGGCCUCGCUGUCAUGCACUACAUCACGCACCUGCUGAAGGGCGCCCUGCUGUUCAUCACCAUCGCCUUGAUCGGCUCAGGCUGGGCCUUCGUCAAGUAUGUCUUGUCGGAUAAGGAGAAGAAGAUUUUUGGGAUUGUGAUCCCCCUGCAGGUCCUCGCCAAUGUGGCCUACAUUGUCAUCGAGUCCCGGGAGGAGGGUGCCAGCGACUACGGGCUCUGGAAGGAGAUCCUGUUCCUGGUGGACCUCAUCUGCUGUGGUGCAAUCCUCUUCCCAGUCGUCUGGUCCAUCCGGCAUCUCCAGGAUGCGUCUGGCACAGAUGGGAAGGUGGCAGUGAACCUGGCCAAGCUGAAGCUGUUUCGGCAUUACUAUGUCAUGGUCAUCUGUUACGUCUACUUCACACGCAUCAUCGCCAUCCUGCUGCGGGUCGCUGUUCCCUUCCAGUGGCAGUGGCUGUACCAGCUCUUGGUGGAGGGCUCCACUCUCGCCUUCUUCGUGCUCACGGGCUACAAGUUCCAGCCCGCAGGGGACAACCCAUACUUGCAGCUGCCCCAGGAGGAUGAGGAGGAUGUGAAGAUGGAGCAAGUGUAA